CUGAGAAUCUCAUCCUACAUGGAGUGAAGAAGUGCCAUCAUGUCUAAGGACCCGCGGAAGGACUUUGUGCUGGCCUCCACGGCCAACUACUUUGGUCUGGACUCCGGUGAUGCCAGCCUGGCCAAACUGCACAGCUCUCCGGAGAUCAACAACUUCCUGGACGAUGGAGGAUGUCCUCUUCUCGUGGCCUGGUGCGACGGAGCCAAGGGGUCCACUCAAGUUCACUUCAACAAUAAGGUCAGUUACCGAGAGAAGAGUCAGAAGACCCUGGUGUUUGUGAAACUGAAGCCUGACCCCAUCACACCUGACAACCUGCACUCCAACGUGUUUGUGUCCUCCAUGUUGGACUCACCCGUCAUGGCCCUGUACCACUCACUACACAAGGUUUAUGCACCGAUGCUGCUGAAGGAUGAGAAGUGGAGCCGGAUGUUUGACCCGAAGCUGCAGAAGCUGCUGAGCGAGCUGGACAGCAGCCUGGGGAGCGUUGUACGGGCACAGGACAGCUCAGGGGGCAGCAAGGGGGACGACAGCAACAUGACAGGAAUCCUGACUCCAUCAGACGAGUUCCGUUACUGGGCAGACGCCGCCGUGACGGGCCGUAAGCUGGAGGUAAAGGAGCGGGCGGAGCACUUCCAGUCGCUGUUCCAACCCGUCAGCGCAAACUACGGCAACCUGGAGUCCCUCUCACUGCUGGAGGCUGCUGAACUCGUGGAGCAAACUGAGGAAGUCCUUGAUGAUGUAUGGGGACAGACAGAAUUCCCACCAUACCCAGAACCUCGCAUGGCUCACCUCAUGGGCAUCAUUGGUGGCGCUCUUGCGCGGCACAUCCAGCUGAAGUUGUCCGGUGUGGACCUCUGGCACGGCCCGUACGCCAGCGUGAGAGAGUCCUUACGCUUGUCCCUGUCCAUCUGCGAGCGCUGGAUAUCAGCCUGUGAUUCGCUGACCAGCACGUGGAAACAACACUCCCCGCUCCAUCCAUGGCAGGGUGACAAGUGUGUUCCUGAAGCACUGGAACAGUUCAAAGCUAGACUGGAGGAGAUCCAGACCCUACGGACAGUGAAUGCACAGCUACUACAGCUGCUGACGACUGACGAACAGCAGCAGCUGAAGGCUCAGGACGCCUUCAGCCCCUUCAGUAGCCUCAACCCGCUGCAGUACAACCCCUACACACAGCCUCAGUGGAAGGCCGCGGUGGGACAGUACGAGCAUGCCAUCUUACCUGUGGAACAGAGGGUCGCCUCCAAGCUCAGGUCAAGGCUACUGGAACUACAGGCUAAACCUCAUCAGCUGUUACGAGAGUUCCAGCGCUAUCGUGAGCUGGUGAAGAGACCAAGCAUCAGCCAGGAGUUAGUCGCUGAAAGAGAGAUGCUGUUGAGCCAGCUGCAGGUGUAUGUGAAGGGCCUGCGGGAUGACUUCAGGGACCGGUCAUCAGGCGGCGGCAAACGGGCACCGCUUAAGGGCAAGAACCACCCCGAACUGGUCAACAACAUCGUGUGGGUCAGGCAGUUAGAGGCCAAGGUUGCUGAAACGUUGAGUGUAGCGGAGGCGUUGCUAGGAGACCUGUCUGGUUUCCGCCCGUACCAGCGACAGGCUGCGGAGGUUCAGGAGGAGAUGCAGACGUACUGUAGGGAACAGUUUGACGGCUGGGCGCAGGACACACAGAGUGCACUGGAGGACCCUCACCAACCUCUCAGCCUACAGAUCAGUGGCCGUCUGAUGGAGCUGGACCACCAGGACGGGAAACUUCACGUGAUGUACAGCGAGAAGCUGGUCACGCUGCUGCGCGAGGUACGCCAGCUGUCCGUGCUUGGGUUUGCUGUCCCCGCAAAGAUCCAACACGCCGCCGCCACCGCACAGAAGUUCUACAAGUAUGGGGUCAUACUUAAACAGGUGGCGCACUUCUACAACACCAUUGACCAGCAGAUGAUCCCCAGCCAGCAGGCCAUGCUGCUGGACGCUGCCCUCAACUUCGAGCGAAUCAUCAAGAACCCAAAGAGUGGAGCCCGGGAUGGGGGCAAUGGAAAAGUGCAGGUGACCUGGGAUAACCCUGAGGAACUGGAAGCCUACGUCCAGAAGCUACAGGCAGCAGCAGAGAGAAUCAUGACUCUGAACCGCCAGCUGAGGAAACACCACACCAACAUCACUGAUAAGGUUGUAGAGUUGAUGAACACAGACCUCCUACGGCAGCAGCCCAAGUGGAAGGAAGGUUUGAUGGAAAUCAGACACAUCAUGGCAGGACUGGUCCAGCAGGGUUUCAGUGCUGCUAACAUGAAGAGUUGGAAGAUGCACUGGGACCGUCAGCUGUACAAGGCUCUGGAGCACCAGUACCAGAUGGGGCUGGAGGCACUCAGUGAGAACCUGUCUGAGAUCAAAGUGGAACUGGUCUUCAGACAACAACAGCUACAGUUCCGCCCCCCACUGGAAGAGAUCCGUGCCAAGUACUACCGCGAGCUGAAGAAGUUCAUCUGUAUUCCCAACCACUUCAAGGGAGUCAGCGAACAGCUCGACCCGACCAACACCGUCUUUCCCGCCAUCAUCGAGCGCAACUCUGCCGGCUUCACCACCAUAUACCGGAAGGCGGAGGAAUUGUUCCAGAGGCUUGUCACAGCCAAGGCAGAGUUUCAGAACUGGGUUGUGCUGGGCCUGUUGGAUGUAGAGAAGCUUGUGGAGACCCACCUGCACACCGUGCCUGACUGGGAGAGGAACUUCAAGGCCCUGAAGGCCCGAGGCAGGGACGCUGAGAAACUACCCAACUCCAUCAAGGUGGACUGCAUCACAGUGUCCACCACUCCCGUCAAGGCCAUCAUUGAUGACCACAUCCAGGCCCUGUUCGACGCCCUCCUGAGCUCCCUGCGCCACUCCAUCAUCAGCCAUCUCAACGAGAUCGACACGUUCCUGACUGACGCUCUGGAGUCUCUGUCCACCCGGCCGCAGUCGGUGGAAGAGAUCGGACUGGCCAACGCCAAACAUGCAGAACUCGCUGAGAAGAAACCUCAAAUCCAGCCCCUGUUUGCGAAGGCUGAACAGAAGAACAAGCUGCUGCGCAGCGUGUCAGGGGGAGGGGUGGACCAGCUGGGCACUCUGCAGGCCAGAUGGGACAAGUUUGAACUCAUGAUGGAGAGUCAUCAGCUCAUGGUCAAGGAACAGGUUGAGGUGAUGAAGUCCAACGUAGAGUCGCAGGUUUCCCACUUCCGACAGGAGCUGGGUAAGUUCGCGGCCCGCUGGCACCAGCUCAAGCCCAAAGAUGAGAUCCUGGAGGACAAUGACAAAGACGCCUGCAACAAGGCUGUGCAGGUCAUCAAGGAACACCGCACAGAGUUCAGCGAGCUGGAGAAGACUCGCGAGAGGCUGGUGUCGGACUGUGUCCACUUUGGGCUGCCGGAGCCACAGAUCCCUGAGGCAGACGAGCUGAGGGAGGACCUGCGUGUACACGAGGCCAUGUGGUCACUCUACGAGGAGUUCAACAACGGCAUGUCUGACCUGGCCAAGGAGGACUGGAUUUCCUUCAGGGGCCGUGCUUAUAUGUUUGAAGAGUUCCUGGGUCAGUGGGCAGAGAAACUGAGGAAUGAGGAGCCCACCACCAUCACAGUCAAACUCACAAAGGAUAUAGACAAGUACAGGGCUGUCCUGCCGUUGCUGAAGUACGUCCGGGGAGAGGUGCUGUCCCAGGACCACUGGCUGGAGAUGUUCCGACUCCUGGGCAUGCCCAGAGGAACCACUCUGGAGAAGCUCAACUUCGGACACAUCCUCUCGGCAAGCAACGCAAUCAUCAAGAACGCCGAUCAGUUAAAGGAACUGAACGCGCGAGCGCAGGGCGAGGUUUCCAUCCGUGAAGCCCUGCGUGAGUUGGAGAUGUGGGGAGCGGCGGCCGUGUUCGCUCUGACGGAGUACUCCGACAGUGGGAACCGCACACUCAUGAUCAUCAAGGACUGGAAAGACCUGGUCAACCAGGUUGGAGACAACCAGUGCCUGCUACAGUCCUUGAAAGACUCCCCCUACUACAGACACUUUGAAGACAAGGCAUCCAUAUGGGAGACAAGACUAGCAGACCUGGAUGAGUACCUGCACAACCUGAACCAGAUCCAGAGGAAGUGGGUUUACCUGGAGCCCAUCUUCGGCAGGGGCGCACUGCCCCGGGAACAAGCUCGCUUCAAGAGGGUGGACGAUGACUUCAGAGCCAUCAUGUCAGAUGUUGCCCGUGACAACCGUGUCCUGUCCCUGGUUGGUCAGUCCGGGCUCCGCAGCACACUGGUCACUCUGCUGGACCAGCUCCAGCGAUGCCAGAAAUCUCUCAACGAGUUCCUGGAGGAAAAACGUUCGCUCUUCCCGCGGUUCUAUUUCAUCGGUGAUGACGAUCUCCUCGAGAUCCUGGGGCAGGCGACAAAUCCGGCUGUGAUCCAGUCGCACCUGAAGAAGCUGUUUGCCGGGAUCCACAGCGUCCAGUUUGACGAGGGACACAAACACAUCGUGGCCAUGAAGUCCCUGGAGGGGGAGGUCGUGCCCCUCAAGAGCUCCGUACAGAUCACCACGGAAGUGGAGACAUGGCUGGGGCGCCUUGCUGAGGAGAUGAAGGCCACCUUACAGCAGCUGCUGCUGGAGUGUCUGCAGGCCGGCAGGGGCAACAGCCAGGGGGGCGUCGACCCAAACAAGUUCCCCUCACAGAUCCUGUGCCUGGCUGACCAGAUCCAGUUUACCGAGCGGUGUGAGGAGGCCCUGCGCGGCCGCAGCCUGCAGGAGAUGAAGAUUGAGCUGGAGUCUCAGCUGGAGGCUUACACCAGCGUCAACGUGCAUGACGGGGGCACCAACGACUCAGACAUGCACGUGCUGGACCUGAAACUGAAGGCCUUGAUCUUGGACACAGUCCAUAACAUGGACGUGGUGGACCAGCUGAUCCAGACUAACACCUCCUCUACAGCUGACUGGAUGUGGCAGAAACAACUCAAGUUCUACCUCAACAGUAAAACUAAACAGGCCAUCAUGAGGAUGGUGGACGCUGAGUUUGAUUACACUUACGAAUACCAGGGCAAUGCUGCCAAGCUUGUGCACACUCCCCUGACAGACAAGUGUUACCUGACUCUAACACAAGGCAUGCACAUGGGGAUGGGAGGCAACCCGUACGGACCGGCCGGCACGGGGAAGACAGAGUCAGUCAAGGCACUGGGAGGGCUGUUUGGGCGCCAGGUGCUUGUCUUCAACUGUGAUGAGGGUAUAGAUGUGAAGUCCAUGGGGCGUAUCUUCAUCGGGCUGGUGAAGUGUGGAGCCUGGGGCUGUUUUGAUGAGUUUAACCGUCUGGAGGAGGCAGUGCUGUCUGCCGUGUCCAUGCAGAUCCAGGAUAUCCAGGCAGCGCUUAAGAGCCGCACACCCACCGCAGAGCUGCUGGGGAGACAGGUUGACCUUGACCCCAACUCUGGCAUCUUCAUCACCUUGAACCCUGCCGGGAAGGGGUACGGAGGUCGUCAGAAGCUGCCCGACAACCUGAAGCAGCUGUUCCGUCCCGUGGCCAUGUCACGUCCAGACAACGACCAGAUCGCAGAGGUCAUCCUGUUCUCGGAAGGGUUCAAACACGCCAAGGUCCUCGGCAGGAAACUGGUGGCCAUCUUCAAUCUGUCCAAGGAGCUUCUGACCCAGCAGCAGCACUAUGACUGGGGCCUGCGAGCCCUGAAGACUGUGCUGCGAGGAUGUGGCAACCUGCUGCAGGACAUGAGGAAGAGGGGGGAGAAAAUUGAUGUAGAUGCUGAGAGUAAGCUGGUUGUCCAGGCCCUGAGAGUCAACACUCUGUCCAAACUCACGUUUGCUGACUGCAGGAGGUUUGACUUCCUUGUACAGGACAUCUUCCCAGGUGUUGAGUUGAAGAGUAUUGAGUAUGAGAUGUUGGACAAGGCCUUCCGGGAGGCGUGUGCCGAGGCUCAUCUGGAGAUCAUGGAAGCACAGGUGAAGAAGGGUCUGGAGCUGUAUGAACAGCUGAGACAGAGGAUGGGUGUGGUGAUCGUCGGCCCCAGCGGGUCAGGAAAGUCCACCCUCUGGCGGCUCCUGAGAAGUGCACUCAGCAAGAUGAACAAGACUGUCAAACAGUACACCAUGAACCCUAAGGCCAUGCCCAGGACACAGCUGCUGGGUUACAUUGACAUCGACACCAGGGAGUGGUCAGACGGUGUGCUGACCAGCAGUGCCCGCCUGGUGGUCAAGGAACCGCAAGAAAUCCAGUCAUGGAUAGUGUGCGACGGCGACAUUGACCCAGAGUGGAUCGAGUCGCUAAAUUCCGUGCUGGAUGACAACCGUCUACUGACCAUGCCGUCGGGAGAGCGUAUACAGUUUGGGCCGAACGUCAACUUCGUGUUUGAGUCACAUGACUUGAGCUGUGCGUCUCCCGCCACCAUCUCACGAAUGGGGAUGAUCUUCCUCAGUGAUGAGGACAUGGAUGUGAAGUCGCUGGUGGCGUCCUGGCUGAGGAAGCAUGGGGAGGCAGAAGGCUCCCAGCUGCAGGGCUGGGUGGACGACUACUUCUACAGGGGGCUGGAGUGGGUCAUGAAACAGAAUGAGUUUGUUGUUGAGACCAGUCUGGUGGGAGUGGUCAGUAACGGCCUGUCCCAUCUGCACGGGGUCAGGAGCAAGGCUCAGUUUGUGGUCAGUCUCAUCCGAGGCCUGGGCAGCAACCUGCCUCUACCUGUGCGACAGGCUUUCGCAAAGGAGAUGUUUGUUUGGGCCCACGAGCAGCCCCCUGACCCUAGGCGACCCCUGGAUGCUCAGUACGAUGAGAGAACCGACCGACUGUGCUGCUACCAAAUGGAUUUGAGUGAAGCCCUGACGGCAGAGUCAUUACUGCCCAACGGUUCCCUGCCUGUUGUGCGUACGACAGACGUGCAGUGUGACCUGGACUACAUCAUGCCCUGGCUCCACCCAGAAAACAAACAGCCCUUCCUGCUGGUGGGACCUGAGGGCUGUGGCAAGAGUAUGCUUCUGAAGCACUGUUUUGACCAGCUGCGAUCUGCGUCGGUGGCCAUCCUGCACUGCAGCGCCCAGACAUCGCCGGCACACGUGCUGCAGAAGCUGAGCCAGAUGUGCAUGGUCAUCAGCACCAACACCGGCCGCGUGUACCGCCCCAAGGACUGCGAACGCCUCAUCCUGUACCUCAAGGACAUCAACCUGCCCAAACCCGACAAGUGGGGAACAAGUCAGCUCAUCGCCUUCCUGCAACAGAUGGUGACGUACCAGGGAUUCUAUGACCACAACCUGGAGUGGGUGGGUCUGGAGGGGGUGCAGCUGGUGGCCUCCAUGACGGCGGGGAACACUCUCGGCCGGCACCAGCUCACCACCAGGUUCACAUCCGUCGUGCGCAUCUGCUCCAUCGGGUAUGCAGACAAGGACCAGUUGCAGGCCAUCUACAGUGCCUACCUGCAGCCCAUCUUCCAGAAACACCUGCCAGCCCACCCCGUGUGGGGGUCACCUGCCAGGGUCACCCAGCUGGCUGCCUCCAUGGUGCAGCUGUAUGAACAGGUUCGCUCCAAGUUCUCUGUGGACGACUUCAGCCACUACCUGUUCACCCCCCGUGACCUGACCCAGUGGGUGCUGAGUCUGCUCCGGCACGAUCUGGCAGGGGGCGCUUCUGCAACCAACGCAGACAACGUGCUGCAGACCUGGGCGUUUGAAGCCUGUCGGCUGUUCAGGGACAAGCUGGUGGGACAGCAGGCCAGAGACAGGUUUGACGGGAUGCUGUCAUCUGUGCUCCGUAACGACUGGAGCUCCGACGUCAUGGACAAGCUACAAGGUGGCUACUAUGUGACGUGGGGGGCGAGAGCAGAGCUGGCCACCCCCCCUGGUGCCCCCAUCCCCCCCGCAGGGAAACAGGUGGGCUGGCUCGGCACGGACGAUUUCAGGAACGUCAUCAGCAAGGGACUCAUCAGCUACAUCCGUGAGCACCGUGAGCUGGACAUCCUGGUGUUCCAGGAGGUGUUGGACUACAUGUCGCGUGUGGACCACGCCCUGGCGCUGCCCGGCGGCUCGCUGCUGAUGGCCGGGCGCAGCGGCGUGGGCCGGCGUACGGCGGCCUCCGUCGUCGCACACAUGCACCAGUGUGAGCUCUUCACGCCCAAGAUAUCCCGGGGCUACGGACUCAAGCAGUUCAAGAAUGACCUGAAGACGAUCCUCCAGCAGGCAGGCGUGGAGGGACAACAAGUCGUGUUCUUACUGGAGGAUCAACAGCUGGUCCAUCCACAGUUCCUGGAGCUUGUCAACAGUCUGCUGGCAGCAGGAGACAUCCCCGGCCUGUACACACCAGAGGAGCUGGACCCUCUCCUGGCCCCCCUCAAGGAACAGGCAUCCCAGGAGAACUUCAGGGGAUCCCUCUACAACUACUUUGCAGCUCGGAUCCAGAUGAACCUUCAUGUCGUGCUGAUCAUGGACUGCAGCAACUCCAACUUCACCGUGAUGUGUGAGAGUAACCCCUCCCUGUACAAGCAGUGCCUGGUGCAGUGGAUGGAGGGAUGGAGUAAGGACAGCAUGCUGCAGGUUCCCAAAAUGCUGCUGUCUCGCCGCUCAGAGAUGGGCGGCAGUCUCCUCCCCCCUGCCACUGGGCAGGAACCUAAGAAGUUUGCGGGGGGUGACGAGCUUGUCAAGAAUUUCGUGAACAUCCACGAGUCCCGCCUGGCUCACGGCGCGACCCCGCGGAGGUACAUGACCUUCCUGCACACCUACGAGUCGGUGUAUAACCACAAGAAGGAAGGAGUGCUGCAGAAACAGUCACAUCUACAGGCUGGUGUGGCCAAGCUGAACGAGGCCAAGGCCCUUGUGGAUAAGCUAAAGGGUAAGGCAGCAGAACAGAGCGCGCUCCUGGCACAGAAACAGGAGGAGGCUGAUGCAGCUCUCAGGGAGAUCACUGCCAGCAUGCAGAAUGCGAGUGAACAGAAGAGUGAGAUGGAGGUGUUGAAACAGAAGACGGCUGAGGAGAACAGUAAGCUGGAGAAGAGGAAGAAAGCCAUCGACAUCGAGCUGGCCGAGGUGGAACCUCUGGUGCAGGAGGCCAAGCAGGCCGUCGGAAACAUCAAGUCAGAUUCACUGUCUGAGAUUCGGUCCCUGCGUGCGCCGCCCGACAUCAUUCGCGACAUUCUGGAGAGCGUGCUGCGACUCAUGGGCAUCUUCGACACCUCAUGGGUCAGCAUGAAAAGUUUCCUUGCCAAACGUGGGGUAAAAGAGGAGAUCAUGUCCUUCGAUGCCCGAAGGAUCACUCCGGAGAUACGAGAGAGUGUGGACGAACUGUUGCACAAGAACAAGGCAUCGUUUGACCCAAAGAAUGCCAAGCGUGCCAGUACUGCCGCUGCUCCACUAGCGUCAUGGGUGAGGGCCAACGUGGAGUUCUCACGCGUCCUGGAGAAGAUCGAACCUCUGGAAACCGAGCAAGCUGGCCUCAAAAAGAACCUGCAGAAGGCUGAACACCGUAUGGAGAAGCUACAGAAAGCGCUGGACGCUGUUGACCAGAAAGUAGCUGAGCUCAGAGACAAAUUUGAGAAGAGGACAACAGAAGCAGCAAAGUUGAAGAUUGAAGUGGACAAGGCCAACGAAACCAUUGCUGCAGCCGAGAAUCUUGUGGGCAAACUGGACAAUGAGUACAAGAGGUGGAGCUCACAGGUUGGAGAGCUGCAGUCAGAGCUGGACACCCUCCCAAAGCGCGCCCAGCUGGCCGCAGGCUUCAUCACGUACCUGGCCAGCACCUCGGAGGACGAGCGUCGCCAGACCCUGGCCGCCUGGAUGGACGCCACCAACCUCACCGGCUUCGACGUGCGGCGCUUCCUCAGCAGCGAGCGCGAACAGCUCGGCUGGAAGGGCGAGGGGCUGCCCUCCGAUGACCUCUCCAUGGAGAAUGCACUGGUCAUCCUACAGCUCAACAACAUGAAGGCGGGGAGUCACCUGCGACCUUUCUUGGUCGACCCGUCGUCCCGCGCGGCCGAUUGGCUCAAGGUCCACCUGAAGGAGGCUCGACUGGAAGUUGUCAACCAGCAGGAUGCCAACUUCACCACUGCCCUGGAGCUGGCGGUGAGAUUCGGGAAAACCCUGCUCAUCAAGGAGAUGGAUGGGGUGGAGCCCAUCCUGUACCCUCUGCUGAGGGGAGACCUCACCAGUCAAGGCCCACGUUUUGUUGUCCAGAUAGGAGACAAGGUAGUAGACUACCACGAAGACUUCCGCUUGUUCAUGGCCACUCGGAACCCUAACCCAGAGGUACCACCGGACGCAGCCUCCAUCAUCACAGAGGUCAACUUCACCACCACCAGGGCUGGUUUACGCGGACAGCUCCUGGCCACAACGAUCCAGCAUGAGAAGCCUGAGCUGGAGGUGCGUAAGACGGAACUGCUCCGACAGGAGGAGGACCUGAAGGUGCAGCUGGCCCAGCUGGAGGAAUCCCUGCUAGAGGAACUGGCCAAUGCCCAGGGUAACAUCCUUGAGAACAAAGACCUCCUGGACUCCCUAAACAAGACAAAGGCCAGCAGUAUCACCAUCACAGACUCACUCAACGAGUCCAUACAACUGCAGGACUCCCUGGACAAGGAGCGCAGUGCAUACCUCCCCCUGGCUGAGAGUGGUAGCACCCUGUUCUUUGUGAUCAGUGACCUGUCCAAGCUGAACAACAUGUACCGCUUCAGUCUGGCCUCCUUCCUUAGGCUGUUCAAAAGAGCCCUGGAGACCACUCAGGACCCAGGUAGUACAGAUAUGCGGAUCAAACUCCUGAUCAAGUCACUACAGAACCUGGUGUAUGAGUACGUCUGCAGGUCACUCUUUAAGGCGGACCGCCUGAUGUUUGCCAUCCACCUGGUCCACGGCAUGCACCCUGAGCUCUUCCAGGAACAGGAGUGGGAGAUGUUCCUGGGUCUCAUCAUCUCAGACACCUUCAGGAGGCAGCUGAGAGAUUCUCUCCCGUCAUGGAUCGACCAGGAACGAGCUACAGAUGUUCAUCAACUCAAGACAAACUUCCCCAGCCUGCACCAGACCUUGAACUUGGAGGACAGUGACCUGUGGCUGAACUUCUCUCGCAGCUCUCAGUGUGAGCAGGAGUUCCCACCGCCCAUCGCAAACAAGAUCUCCCUCUUCCAACAGGUCCUGCUGGUACAGACCAUCCGCCCUGACAGACUACAGAGUGCUAUGAGUCUGUUUGCUCACAAGGCUCUCAAUAUGAAGGAACUUUCCCCCAAGACGUUGAACCUGAAGAGGCUGUACAGUACGGAGACGACGUCGACAGAGCCCAUCCUCAUCAUCAUCUCUCCUGGAGCGGACCCAUCGCAGGAGCUACAGGAGCUGGCCUCCGCUACUGUAGGGGCUGACCGCUACCAUCAGGUUGCCAUGGGGCAGGGCCAGGCUGACGUAGCCCUGCAGCUGCUACACGAGUGUGCCAGGAACGGGGAGUGGAUGUGUCUCAAGAACCUGCACCUGGUCACUGCAUGGCUGCCGGUCUUAGAGAAGGAGUUGAACAGUCUCCAGCCGCACCAGGACUUCCGUCUGUGGAUGACGGCUGAGGUUCACUCCCAGUUCCCCACCAUCCUGCUGCAGUCCAGUCUCAAGAUCACCUUCGAGGCACCACCUGGUAUCAAGAAGAACCUGCAGCGUACGUACGACGCCUGGCCUCCUGAGUUCAUCGCUAAGGGCGGGAAUGUGGUGCGCUCCCAGGCGUUCUUCGCCCUGGCCUGGUUCCACGCCGUCUGUCAGGAACGCAGGAACUAUAUCCCUCAGGGCUGGACCAAGUUUUAUGAGUACUCCACAGCAGACCUGCGAGCAGCAGCAGAUAUCAUUGAUCGCCUCUUUACUGACCAGCGGGAAGUGCCGUGGGAGUUUGUCCACGGUCUGUUGGAGAAUGCGAUCUACGGGGGCCGUGUGGACAACAACUGUGACAUGUCUGUGCUGCACUCCUACCUGGUGCAGUACUUCGACAAGUCCCUGCUGGCCGGCAGUAGCUCCCGGGGGAGGGGGAAGAGGCUGGCACCGGGGGUCUCCAUGCCUUCAUCAUGCCACUAUGGGGACUACCAGGACGUGAUUGAGGGCCUUCCAGAGGACGACAAACCUGCGUACUUCGGGCUCCCCGCUAACAUCGAGCGGUCUGCCCAGCGAAUCAUCAGCGGACAGGUGAUCGGUCAGCUAAAAGUGCUGAUGAGGUCUGAGGCAGCUGCAGAGAAGUUUGAUCGGGAGACGUGGUCCACGGAACUGUCGCCGAUCCUCAACCUGUGGAAAAAACUCAACCAGGCCUCGCAGCUGCUGCAGCAGCGCAUCGCUGCGCCGAGUGACCAGGCCGACAAGCCCAUCAUCUCCUUCAUCCAGCUGGAGCGCUUCUCGUCUGUCAAGCUGGUGCAGAACGUGCACCAGUCGCUCGCCGCGCUCAGCCGCGUGAUCCGUGGGACCAGCCUGCUCACAUCUGACGUACAGACCCUGGCAAAGUCACUGCUCAGGCAGGAGACCCCAGGCGGUUGGCAGAGCAUGUGGGAAGGCCCAGAAGACCCCAUGCAGUACCUCCGUGCGCUGGUGGCUCGGGCCAUGGCUAUCCAGGGCUGGGCGGAGAGGGCGGAGGCAGGGACACUGCUGAGGGACAUCCUGGACCUCUCCGAACUGUUCCACCCGGAUACCUUCCUCAACGCACUAAGACAACAGACUGCAAGGGACCUGCGCUGUCCUAUGGACAGUCUGAAGUUUGUCAGCAGCUGGAAGGGCAACAUCUCAGGCGCCAAGCUGGCUGUGAAGAUUGGUGGGCUGAUGUUAGAGGGUUGCUCCUUCAAUGGAAGCCGUCUGUCAGAGAACCAGCGAGACUCCCCCAGUGUCUGCAUCGUACCAAACUUUACUGUGGCCUGGAUUGACAGUAAGGCUGCCGACCCCUACCCAGAGGAAGAGGUCAUCCAGCUGCCGCUGUACUUCAGCGCCGACCGUGACCGGAUCGUGAACCAGGUUAAGGUGCCGUGUGGCGGCAACCAGGACCAGUGGGUGCAGUGUGGAGCCGCCCUCUUCCUCAAGAGUCAGUGAUGUCAUAGCUGACCACCCAACUUGUGUGCACAAGGACUGGUGAUGUCACACAAAUCUGCAAUGU